CCCGCCUCAACAUGUCGACUGCCGCUGAACUCGAGGACCGUCUCGAGUAUCUGGAAAGCCGCGCGGACGGGUUUGCGAGUGCCCAGGACUUGGACACAGCCUGGAUCAUCUGGUGUGGCAUUCUCGUGUUCUUGAUGCAAGUGGGAUUCAGCAUGCUGGAGGUGGGCUCCAUCUCUCCCAAGAACACCAAGGCCGUCCUGAUCAAGAACCUGACAGAUGCUGCAUUGGGUGCAAUUUGCUGGUGGACCCUGGGGCAUGGGUUUGCCUACGGCAAGGACGUUGGGGGCUUCAUCGGCACAGACAGUUUCGCUUUCAGCGGCAAGGCCACGUAUCAAGACGAUGGCCGGGGAGUAGAAAUCGCGCAUUGGUUUUUCCAGUGGGCUUUUGCCGCGACGGCGGCAACCGUGGUGUCGGGGGCGGUUGCAGAACGGAUAAAAAUCGCCGCCUACGUCCAGCUCUCCGUCCUGGUCACCUUCUUGAUAUACCCUGUGGUCGUGCACUGGGCUUGGAGCGAAGGAGGCUGGGCGAGCCCUCACCGCUGCGAAGACACCACGACCGCAGCUGACUACCAGCUGUGCAGGGAGGAGUCUCGAGCGCUACUGCUGGGUUGCGGGGCUACAGACUUUGCCGGGGCCGGGGUUGUUCACAUGACGGGAGGUGCGUGA